AUGCCCAUGGAGGUCAAACCUAUCUCUAUGGACCUCGCACAUCGCCGUUUCUGUCACGCAGGCGAACAACGUGUACGCCGCAUGCCUGCCUUCGCGGAGGGCAUCAAAUUGAUCAAGGGAUCUGCCCUCAAGACUCCCUAUCCUCCAUGCCUCGCUGGCAAGGGCCAUCAGCUUCCGUACGGUAAGGAUAAGUCUAUUCGUGUGCGCCCAGGUGAUUCAUUACAUAUUGACGUCUGGGGACCCAUCUCCAUUGCCACCAAGGAAGGCGAGACCUACUUCAUAUCUAUCACCGACGAGGCGUCCCGUUUCUGCUAG